GCGGGUGUGAGUCACAGGCUCGUGCUCCGGGCCCCCUCGGCGAGCGACCCGACCGGUCCCCGGGAAGAGGGGUCUGCGCCCCCGCGCCCCCGGCCCGGCCUUGGCGGGGUGCUGGAGCUCCGGUCCGCCCGGUCUGGCUCCGGAGCCAGGGCUGGGUUUCCCUCAUGUAUGGCCCGGGCCCGACGCGUGCGGCGCUGCUCCUCCUGGGCGUGCGGCUCUCAGCGCUGUGGUCCGCGGCGGCGGUGGAGAUCUACACGUCCGGGGCGCUGGAGGCGGUCAACGGCACCGACCUGCGGCUCAAGUGCACCUUCUCCAGCUUCGCGCCGGUGGGCGACGCGCUGACCGUGACGUGGAACUUCCGGCCUCGGGAUGGGGGCCCCGAGCAGUUCGUAUUCUACUACCACUUGGAUCCCUUCACACCCAAGAACGGGCGGUUCAAGGACCGGGUGGUCUGGGUCGGGAACCCCGAGCGGUAUGACGCCUCCAUUAUGCUGUGGAAGCUGCAGUUUGAUGACAAUGGCACCUACACCUGCCAGGUGAAGAACCCACCCGAUGUGGAUGGGCUGGUGGGGACCAUCCGGCUCAGCGUUGUGCAGACGGUGACCUUCUCUGAGAUCUAUUUCCUGGCUCUGGCCAUUGGCUGUGCCUGUGCGCUGAUGAUCAUCAUAGUAAUCCUGGUCGUCCUCUUCCAGCACUUUCGGAAAAAGCGACGGGCUGAGAGAGCUCAUAGAGUGAUGGAGAUAAAAUUAAAAGAAGAAGAAAAGCUCAACCAAGAAAACAAGGUCUCUGUGUUUUUAGAAGAUACAGACUAACAUUCCUAGAUGGAAGCUGAAGAAUUCCAAGAACAAGGAUCCUAACAUUCCUUGCAGUUAAUACUGCCUGAAGUUAAUGGAAAUUUUCAUUUGGCUUUUCCAGUUAUGGCCUGUCUUCCUACAAUUUCUGCAGUGUAUACCCACCUGAUAAGCAAUGUCCCCCUGCAGGCAGCACAGGGCUCUAGAACAAACACGACAAGACUUACACAGACUCAUUAGGAACAUUUUAUUUAAUUUCAGAAUGUGCAUAGUUUUUCAAAUGUUUUGUGUUAGUUUGUAAACUAAGAAGCUACAUUUUUGCCUUUAAACACUCCUGGAGUAUGACUUUGUGGGCACACACACUAGCAUCAAAAGGGGAUAAAAGCCACUUAUCUGCAGUUUCCUUUUACAUACUGGUUUCUUUACAGCAGCAUUCUUGCUACUAAAGUUAGAAUUUGUUAUCCUUCUCAUAUUUCAGUUAAAAGGUGAGCUAUGUCUUCUUGGUUUUGAUUGACAGUAAAUCCAAAAUUUAAACCAUUAAUUUUGAUUUUUAUGGCUUUCCUAAGUAUUCAAUAUAUCUUGUUUUAUUGGGUUUCUUUCAGUAUUCCAGGUAGAAAGUUUUUUAGUUUUUAUUGUGUGAUUGCCAUCAAUGAAUCCAAGGUUUAUAACUGGUUGAUAUAACACAAAAGGUUAUGGCAAUGAUUACUGGCAAAUGUUAUCUCGGGAUGAAUAAUUCUUCACAUUUUUCUAUAUUGUGAAAAACACAAUGUAGAUUUACAAUCUACAAUGUAGGUCUUUCACAAGCAGUGACUGUAUAGAUUAAUAUGUACCUCCCAAGUAUUGAAUCUGUACCAAAACAGUGAACUGUGUGCUCAUUGCAGACUGGAAUGAAUAAGCAGCUUACUAGGAGUGUGAACCAGUAUGCUGUAACACAAAAAAACUUAAGGCUGGUGAAAAAAGACCAGCCCCAAAUGGUUGAGUUUUGUCUAGCAUUACUGGAAGAGAUUACUUUUUUUUUUUUUCUUAAAAUGUCUUUUGGUUGUAAUUUAGUUGCUUAAAAGAGUAAAAAUUUGAUAUUGAGCAAAGAAACUGCUAAAAUACUGUAACAAAUAAAACUAUUCUUUUGCCCAUAAAUUUGUAGAAAUAGUAAACUUUAUAAGUGGGCUUUGGAGAAACACGUGCUUUUUAAAAAAGAGUCUAUUUACCUGAUGCCAUUCCAAACUUCAGGGUAGCAGCAUUUGUUCAAAGGAUAGAAUUAAGUCUCAUCUGUACAGCCUGAUAUUUUGUUUGCAUUGACUGGGUUGCAUAUGGAUUUCCUUUUACCAAACCUCAGUAUCCUUUAUAUCAAUAUAUUUUCAAAUAGAUUGAGGAUGUUAGAACUUGAUUUUUUCCAAUAUUAUUUUUAAAAAUUUGGCAUAAUUUACAUAUGUACCAUGAUUCUGAGAUCCAUUCCAUACCUGACUCCUGCUUUUAUACAGCCUAAAAAGGUGAACUUUCACUGCUCAGUUUUGAGGCUAAAAAUUGAAUCUGAAAUCUGUAUUACCUUUAAUCCACGUUUUUAUAUUUUUCUUCAUAAUUCAACCUAUGUAAGUAAAACUGGGUAUUUCUUCAAAUAGAUGACCUGCAUGAUAUUCCAUCGGUGUAAUAAAGUAGUGAAAAACUCAUGGAGAAUUUUUCCAGCAUUCCUGUAGCUGUUUCUUGGCUAAAGCCGGAAGAGGAUAAUAUGCCCUUGUUUAGUGUUUCGUUCUUGAAGGUUACUUUUGAAGGUCACUUUUGUAUUGUAACUUAUUUUUUAUGCCUUAAACUGUGUAAAUAAAAUAUUAGUAAUAAAGUUAUUUCCUUAUGUA